AAAGAGAUAGAGAACUAAGCAAUACAAGCUUACCUUUCCAAACUCUUGUGCUCUCUUUGUGCCACUUUCUUAAGCUUACUUCCAUUUGCGUAAUUGCUGCCAUUUUGCCGAGUUUGGCAUCCGAGGGAAGGCUGAUUAGCAAUCUUGACUUCGAGGAAAAUCAAGCCAGCUAGGCCGCACGUGGGCAAAGUUUGGGGAUUAAACAAAACUCACGUGACAGUUGGUAUCAGAGCUAGGUUCGUAUCAAAGCCCAGUUGGCAUUAGAGCGCGGUUGAGUUCUUUGGGAAUUCUUGCACGAGAUUAUGGACAAAGUUGUUGAGCAAUCCACUUCUACCGCUCCUCCCACUCUAAGGGAAGGAGGAAAGGAAAGCGGAAAGGGCCGUAGGGAUAAGUCCCGCGACAUGAUUGGCGCGAUGGAGGAAAGGAUAGUCAAGGUGGAGACUGCCAUGUCCAAUUGGUGUGAUAAAAUCGAAGAUAUGGACCUUCGCAUCGAGAAGCUUGAGUCCAAAGAGGAUGAUGGGGAGCUUCGAGGGGAGAUGCAAGGUGCCUUAAAUGUUCUCGCUGACAAUUUAGCGAGGGACAAUGAGGCUCUUAAGAAGUUGCUUGCCCAAUGCGUGGAGAAGUUCGAUAAGCUUAAGGUGAAGCUUAACUUGUGCAAGGCCGCGUUGGCUAAUAGUGGGGGAGCACAAGUAACAACAGUGCACAAAGUCGAUGCUCCUAAAUCAAAGGCUUACGGUGGGGCUAGGAGUGCAAGGGAGAUCGACAACUUCUUAUGGAACUUGGAGAGAUACUUCGAUGCAGUGGGUAUAGUGGACGACGCCACUAAGGAGCUUAAGAAGCAAUUCUAUCCCGACAAUGUCGAGAAAGAGGCAAGGUCAAAGCUUCAACGACUCCAACAUAGAGAUGGCUACAUUCGAGAAUAUGUGAAAGAAUUCUCCGAAUUGAUGUUGGAGAUUCCCGACUUGGGAGGGAAAGAAGCAUUCCAUGCCUUCAUCGAUGGUUUGUCUCGGUGGGCUCAAUUAGAGCUAGAGAGGUGA